UUCGUUCUCUCACCUCUUUUCUUUUCCUCUCCGUCCCAUUCACUCUUUUUUCCGUCUCUACUUUUCGGUCCUCUUCUCCUCCGGCCGCAUCGAUCCGAUCGGAGGACUCGCCGUUCGACUCCCGCAUGUCUCUCUGCUCUUCCGUUUCAUCCCUUCUUCGUCCCCGGGCGUCCCGGUGGCUCCGCUGCAGCGGUUCCACCUCGUGGCUCCGCUGUGAUUCUCAAUGGACAUUUUAAUUGGACGUUGUCGGAGACGUCUCGUCUGCCCUGAUCCCCGAACUCCAGAUGGGGACGCCGUGACGCCGCGAUGGACUUCCCCGACUCGCCCGGCGCGUUCACGGCCGCGCCGCCAAACUCCUCGUCGGAGAGCGUCAACCAGACCUCCUCCUCCUCCUCUUCCUCGCCGAGAUCCCCGCCUCACUCGCAGGUGGCGUCGGUGCUCAUCGUGCUGGUGGUGUCCGUCAUCAUCCUGGGCACCGUGGUGGGCAACAUGCUGGUGGUGGUGGCGGUGUUCACCAGCCGAGCCCUGAGGCCGCCGCAGAACCUCUUCCUGGUGUCGCUGGCGUCGGCCGACAUCCUGGUGGCCACGCUGGUCAUCCCCUUCUCGCUGGCCAACGAGGUCAUGGGCUACUGGUACUUCGGCUCCACCUGGUGCUCCUUCUACCUGGCUCUGGACGUCCUCUUCUGCACCUCCUCCAUCGUCCACCUGUGCGCCAUCAGCCUCGACCGCUACUGGUCCGUCACCAAAGCCGUGAGCUACAACCGCCAGCGGACGCCCAAGCGCAUCAAGGCGAUGAUCAGCGUCGUGUGGCUCAUCUCCAUCGUCAUCUCCUCGCCGCCGCUCCUCAUGACGCAGAAGGAGGAGGGCGGCGGCGACGAGUGCCUCCUCAACAACCAGACGUGGUACAUCCUCUCCUCCUGCCUGGUGUCCUUCUUCGCGCCGGGCGUCAUCAUGAUCCUCGUCUACUGCAAGAUCUACCGCGUGGCCAAGCAGCGCGCCUCCACCGUGUUCGUGGCCAAGAACGCGGCGGAGCGCCGGCCGUCGCAGUCGGAGACGUGCUUCGAGGGCGACGCCGCCAGCUGCCAGCGGAGAGGCGGCGGCGGCUUCGGCGGGUCGUCCGGCUACGAGAUGGAGAGCCCGCGGCCCGCCAACCGCCACAGCUCCUCCAACGUGGACAGCAGCAGCAGCCGGCGAGAAGAGCUGGACGACAUCGACUUGGAGGAGCGGAGCUGCAGCGCCGUCGCCAAGGCGUCCGUCUCCUUCUCCUCGGCGCUCCGCUUCCCCAGGAGAGCCGGCGGCGGCGUGAAAGCGGAGGAUGCGGAGGGCGGAGCCUCCUCGAACAGCUUGAAGCCCCCGCUCCGCCCUCCGCCGUCCUGCGCCUCCAUAUCGUGGGUGUCGUCCGAGACUUGCUCGCACCGCCUGCUGCUCCCGUCCCCGGCGCCGCUCCGCAGCCGGCGGCGGACGGCGCUGUCCAAGAACAAAGUGGCGCAGAUGCGGGAGAAGCGCUUCACGUUCGUGCUGGCGGUGGUGAUGGGGGUCUUCGUGCUCUGCUGGUUCCCGUUCUUCUUCACCUACAGCCUCCACGCCGUCUGCAGGGAGAGCUGCACCAUCCCCGACUCGCUCUUCAACCUGUUCUUCUGGAUCGGCUACUGCAACAGCUGCCUGAACCCCAUCAUUUACACCAUCUUCAACCGGGACUUCAGGAAGGCCUUCAAGAAGAUCAUAUUCCAGACGCAUAAGAGGACAUGAGUGUGUGUGUGUGUGUGUGUGGCACAGACCCGGCUGCAGAAACAAAUUAGAGGGGGGGCAUUAAAUUUUUUGGGGGGGUCACACUUUUUCAUGCUACAUUUUAUUUGCUUCAACGGCUCUGUGGCUAUUCCUACGGUGCUAAAAACUCAUAUUUGGCUCUCAUUAAAAGGGGCAGUUCAUCCCCAAAUCCAAAAACAAACAAACAGUAGUGUAGUGUUAUGUCUAUUUAUUUAAAUGAAACAGACAAAAUAGACAAAAAAUAUAAUCUCAAUAAUAUAUAUAUAUAUAUAAUUAUAUUAUAAUAAAUA